UAGCAUGUCAUAAACUAUGGACAUGAAUAAACAGAAAAAGGCAGACCAAAGACAAGAAAUGUAAAUAAAAGACAAGUGGGAAGACAAACAAUAGAAAAAAACAACCAAUGGGAUAUGCGGAAGCAAAAGUUGUACAUGGGUGUUCCUCAUAAGUUCCAAUCAAACGACCCAACUCUCUCUCUCUCUCUGUGAGCACAAACAGAUGUCUUGCUUUUUAGGUCUUGCUAUAUUAAGACAUUGUAACUGUAAAAUAGUGAUGCCUACUAGGUACUUCCAUACAUAACACAGCAUUUAUUGUACUUACAUCACUUAUAAAUUUCAUCUUUCAUCUUGUUAAACCAGAAUUUGAAGGAAACCCUUGCAAAUUUCUUCCUAGAUGGACCUUAUAUUGUCAGAGUCACGUCCAUCAGAAAAUCUGAGCAUUCCAUUUUUAGAGACUCCACGUCCAUGCUCAAAGCCGCAAGUACCUUCCAUGGAUACCCAGAAGGAGAAGAAGGAGGAGGACAAAGAACAACCCCAUGAGUCUGCUCCACACCUUGCACUACUGGAUCUAAGUCUCCCUAGUAAAGAUUCAGGCGGUGAUGAUGAUGAGUCAAAGCCACUCAACCUCAUCAACUGUAUCGAUACAAAUUUGUCCAUGAACUCCUCAGAAUCUAGUCAUGGACAUGGUGAUGAAUUGGAGCCCCGGAUAUUCUCAUGCAACUACUGCCAAAGGAAGUUUUAUAGCUCGCAGGCACUUGGGGGACACCAGAAUGCGCAUAAGCGUGAAAGAACAUUGGCCAAAAGAGGACACAAAGCUGGUGCUGCAGUUUCCAUAGAUUUUGCACGGAGGUACUCCAACAUCAGCAUGGCUUCUCUGCCUUUGCAUGGUUCCUACAACAGGUCACUUGGCAUUCAGGCGCAUUCUAUGAUCAACAAACCCUCUUAUCAAACACAAACACCCUUUUCUGGUUUGUCCCGUUCUCAUGCUCAGAAGCGGCUUAUGUUCUCACAACCGCCAAUUGGGGCAGAAAGUGAAUCAUCUUUGACUGGUGGCAUCCCAGUCCCACGGUUAGGGAAGUUUUCUCCAAGGCUGGUGCCAGAGGGAUUUGGAGGUUACUGGUUGGAUAGUAUUAACCAUUUGAAGACUAAACAAGAGGAUCAGUUGCACAAGCUUGACUUGUCCCUCAAACUCUAAGUGCAACCCUCUUCAUGUUAAAUCGUAUCCCGUAUUAAUUGUCUUUAAUUUCUCUUUAAUUUGACCAAGAGCUUUUUAGAUUUUCUUCUUCUUUGUUUUCUUUGUGUUCAUGUAUCACUAGUUGCAGCAGCUGUAAAUGCAUUUUUUAGCCACA